AUCACCCCCACCUCUCCCAUUAUUCCUGCAGACACCUGGGGAGCAGGACCAGCCGGUGCACAAUGAACUUGUGGCUCCUGCUGUGCCUGGUGGUGGCGGCCAGCUUUGUGGGCAUCUGGUGUCCUACUGUCCACGCUCAAGGUGUCUCGGAGGACUGUUGCCUAGCCUACCACCGGCUCGACAGCCUGGACUUUCUGAAGCGCGCCCUGGGGUACCAGCGCCAGGAGGUGAGCGGCAGCUGCAACCUGCCGGCUGUGAUAUUCUUCUUGCGGAAACACAGGAUGGUGUGUGGCAACCCCCGGGACAAGAGGGUGAAGUACUGGACAGAAUUCCUGGAUGCGCGGAAGGCCAAGCAUCACAGAAGCCGCCCGAGAACCCCGUCCGGGGUUAGCUGGCCCCCCAGAAGCAACAAGACGAAAACUGCCCUCCGGACCACAGCUCAUCCGGAUCCGUGAGCCCGAACACCUCCAGGAUUAGCCAACACGAAGGUGGGCCGGACCUCGCCCCGCCACAACUGUCCCCUGAGGCUCCAGGUGUCCCAGCCUGUCAUUCAGGCCAGACCUCAGUGCCCGGGCCUGAGCCGGCUCUUGGCUCUGUCCCGUCGCUCCUGCCACAUCCUGCUCCUCAGGCAGCUGGAAGGAAAGAGCUGACCUUGCUUCAGGCCCCUUGCCUGCUCCAGGAACCAGAGUCAGCCGUAAGCAGCGGGUCUUCUGGUGGAUCAUCUGGAUUUGUCACCCACCGCAGCCUCUUGCCACCCACCCUGGGCCACGCCUGCCUGUGUCCCUUUGGGUCCUUGCAAAGCUCCAGACCGUCCCGGGACGCUCCUCCCAGACUAUGCUUUUCUAUGAUUUUUAAAUAAACGUUAUUUAAA